AUUAUGCUUGAUGUUAGAUGACAUACUUGGUUAUCUGUACCUGCUAGGUGAUUGUAUGUACUGUAUAUGGUGAAUACAAACUUAUUGCUAAAGCAGUUUGGCGAUGUGGUGUGCUUACCAGGGACGGACUGACCAUUCAAGCACUUGGGCACUGUCAGAGAGCCCGGGGUCAGUAGGGGGCCCCAUUAAAUGCCCCUGGUACCUUUUUUAUAGGUUUUUUUGGGUGUGCUUUGAAUGUGGACAAGGACACAAGGGCCCCAUGAUCCCCUAUUGCCCAGGGGCCCCAUGAGUUGUCAGUCCACCCCUGGUUCACACUUAUGAGUUUUCCGCCACAUUUUGGGUUUUGCAGAAAGGCACUACAGUUUGGUUCUAUAGACGUCAAUGGAAACGCUGCAGAAAAGCAUGUAGUGCAU